AUGGAUAAAAUAAUUCAUAUAAAUAAAGAAGCAGAAGAAAGACUGAAUAAAAGUUUAAAAUCGAAAGAUGCAGAAAUUGAAGCUCUUAAAAUUGAAAUUAAUAGACUGCACGAUGAAAAAAUAUCGGAAUUAGAAACAUUAGAAAGUGAAAAUAUGGCUUUAAAAGCAAAACUUAAGGAUACAACAGAUCAUUUUAGUCCCGUUUUAAAUUUAGAAAAAGAACCAGUUAAACAUGAUUUAGUGUUAAAUGAUUUAGCCUGCCAAAAUGCUGAAGGAGUUGAUGGUACUUGUCCUACUCCAGACUGGGAUAAACAUUCAUGUAGUAGCUUGAGUGAAGUUUCUGUCGCUUGUUUGCAAGAUAGAAUUAUGCAAAUGGAAGAAACUCAUCAUAGUACAAAUGAGGAACUUCAAGCGACAUUACAAGAAUUAGCCGAUUUACAAACGCAACUAAUUGAUCUUCAGACGGAAAAUGAAAGACUGACAGAAGAAAAAAAUGUACUAUUGGAAUCAUUAUGUAGACAAACAGAAAAAUUAGAAGACUCAAGGAUUAAAGUUGAUACAUUACAAGAGUUAUUACUUAAAGGAAAAGAUGGAGAUACGUGUUCUGAAAGAGAGCAGAAAUUAGUGGAUUUAUUAAAGAGUGCUCAGGAUGAAAGAGAAGCUUUAUUAUUAAAGCAAGAAGAAUUAAAUAAUCAAUUGACUGAAGUAAGGAAUGCUGCAGAUUCGGGUGGACAAGAAGCAGAUAGAUUAAGCGAAAGAGUUAAGUUGUUAGAGUUUACUGUGGAAGCAACAAAUGCGGAGAGAAAACAAAUAGAACAAGAAUUUUCAUUGGCUAAAGAAGAAAGUAAUUCUCGAUUCAUUGAAAUAAAUAGAUUAAAUACUUUAUUGGAUAAUGCAAAAGCAAAGAUUUUAGAAUUAGAAAAAACUCGUGAAUUAGGAGAUAAAUCUGAAGUGGAUAAAGUUAUAGAUAACGCUCGAAAAGAAAAAGAUUUAUUAGAAUCCCAAGUAGCUAAUUUACAAGAACAAUUAUCUAGAAGUAAAUGUGAGGUUGAAAAAUUAAAAGAACAAUUCAGGCAAUUACAAGAAGAGUGCAAGGUCACGAGAAAUAAUGCUAAAUCAGCUGUUAGCAAUUUAGAAUAUCAAUUAGAACAAUUAAAAAAUGAUAAGUUAAUCGUUAGUCAAGAAUUGCAAGAAUCGAGAGAACUUGCAGCCGAAUUGCAAGUUCAAGCUCAGUGUCAUUUGGAAGAUAAACUCCAAUUAAAAUCCGUUUUAAGCGAAACUCAAAAACAUUUGGUUUUAAAUGAGAAAAAACUGUCGGAACUCGAGAGAAUAUUGAACGAGGAAAAAAGGAUCAAAAUGGAAAAAAAUGAGGAAUGGGAACAGUUUCAAUCGGAUUUGUUAAUGACCGUGAGAGUGGCAAACGAUUUGAAAACGGAAGCUCAAACGCAAUCGGAAAUGUUAAUUGCAGAAAAUAAAGAAUUAAAAGAAAAAGUUAAAAAUUUGGAGGCGCAAAUCGACAAAUUGAAGGUGAAACUUCCUUCCCCCACCCCGACGACGCUCACCGACACGAGUGCCUCAGUUCUUAAUUCGGUCCAACAGGAUCUUGCCAACAGGAGAACGAAGCAGGGGAUUUCGAGGCAAGAUUCAAGACUUUCGGUUAAAUCCCUCAUCGAAAGUAUUGAAAAUGCAACGAAACAAGCAAAAGCAGGACCAGGUAGUAGGAGUUCUUCAACAUCAUCAUUAUCAUCCAUAGCGAGUGACGUUAGGUGUACGGUACCUACGAUUACAUCGAGUAUUACAUCUGGAACUCAGGGUAGAUAUUAUUCCGACAGCGAAAUUGUUAAGACUAGUCAAACGUAUAAUAAUAAUAAUAAUAAUAAAGGAAAUCCAAAUCAAAAUAAUAAUUCUCGUAAUAUUAUACUCACGGAUUGUCAAGCAUAUAAAACGGAUAUAACUCCGGUGUCGAUUUUAUCAAAUAAAAAUAUCGAUUAUUCUAGAAGGAAUAGUUACAGUGACAUUGGAGAGCGAAAAGAUCCAUUGUCGACUCUGGCAAAAAAUGGCGGAUCUAAACGAAACGCUUUGUUAAAAUGGUGUCAAAAUAAAACGUCCGGGUAUAAAAAUAUAGACAUAACAAAUUUUAGCAGUAGUUGGAACGAUGGUUUAGGUUUUUGUGCAUUAUUGCACACUUAUUUACCCGAUAAAGUUCCCUACGACACACUCGUGCCUAAUGAAAAAAAAAGAAAUUUUACAAUCGCUUUCGAGGCUGCCGAGAGUGUAGGAAUACAAACUUCUCUGAAUAUAACCGACAUGGUUCAAUUGGAGAGACCUGAUUGGCAACAAAUAAUGAGUUACAUCACUGCCAUUUAUAAACAUUUUGAAACGUGA